AUGGAUCUGGCCGAGGAGUCGAACGUGUCGUCAGCGAUUGAUUUGGCAGAGGAGUCGAACGUGUCCGCGGCUUUCCCGCUGCUGGUGCUUGAGCCGCCACCAGAUUCAGAUUGUUCGUCGUACAAGGUCUUCAGCUUGCCGGACCAGAAGCUUCAAGAUGUCCCUCCGUUGGUGUCGAGCAAGAAGGUAUCCUUGCCGACGCCGCAAGGCUGGGUCCUGGUCCUGAGCUCCUCCGAUUCCUCGUCAGAAGACGCAGGGACCCAUCUCCUGAGCCCUAAGGACGGAUCAACAAUCGAGCUUCCGCCUCUCAAGGACGACGAGGUCCCGUGGACGUGCAGGUGCGUCUUGUCCAACGUCGUGGCCGCGCCUGGCUGCAGCGUCCUAGUCUUCGACCAUGCGAGCCCGGUGAUGUGGUUCUGCCGCGUCGGCCAGGAUCUCCGGUGGUCGCGCCACGGCUACGACAUUGGCUGGUUGGACAUCCUGGGCUGUCCCCGCACAAAGAGAAACUUCUUCCACGUUGCCGCCGUCAAUGGGAGGUUCUUCUUCCGCGAGUCCAACGACUCUCUCGGCACGCUGGACUUCCACACCAACGACGCCUCGGAGAAGCCGGAGGCGUGGCAGGGCGCCAUCGCCGUGCCCCGCGUCGAGGUCCCGUUCGGCUUUACGGGAGUGUUUGACAAAAAACUACCAGUUUAG